UUAUGAGAGAGAAGGGACGACGUGAGUUACAACUUCCAACCCUCCAUUCCGGCGAGCAGUCUCUUCGUCGACAAGCUCUAUUAUCCCCACCUUGGUCUGCUCCCAUCAUCUCCCAACCUUCCACCACAUUUUCUCCGCUCUGGCUUGUACAUAUGGCCCUUCCGUCUACGCCUAGUAUCUGUACGCGUCGUCCUUGCAGCAUCAGCGUCUACUGCUUCACUGCAUAGUGUUGUCUUCACACCCCUACAUUCCUCGUAAAUUAGUGCACUUAUUCCAAUACAGUGGUUGUUCAAUUCAAUCCCAUGAUACACCGGUUUCAAUUGAUUCAUUUUCCUGAUUAUUUUCUUUAUAGUAUUUUUUUUUUCCUUUCCACGUAGAUAACUACAAUUUUUUUGAAUAGCCUGCUCUGAACUUCUGAUUGAAAAAAUCUCACCCUGUAUUUUGAUUCCUUCCUGGCCCGUAGAUGCGGUCGUCGACGAUUCGUUGUCAGCCGUAUUGCAUUGACGCUGUCUUGGCUGCUAAUAAUCAGAUUGCUCGUUAUGCCCGACUUGGCCAGGUACAUGCUGCUCGAAGGGUCUUCGAUGAAAUGCCGAAUAAAAGCGUUGUUUCUUGGAACUCCAUAAUUGCUGGGUAUUUUCAAAAUCAUCUACCACAAGAAGCCCGUCGUCUGUUCGACCGAAUGCCCGAGAGGAACACUUCCUCUUGGAAUGGUAUGAUUUCUGGGUAUAUAAAAAACCGGAUGAUUAGAGAUGCCCGUAAAAUUUUUGAUACCAUGCCUGAGCGUAAUGUUGUUUCGUGGACUUCCAUGGUUCGAGGUUAUGUACAAGAGGGUGUCAUCUCGGAGGCGGAAUCCCUGUUUUCGCAAAUGCCUGAAAAAAAUGUUGUUUCUUGGACUGUAAUGUUAGGCGGCCUGAUUCAGGAUCGUCGUAUUGAUGAAGCUCGCCGGCUUUUUGACGAGAUACCCGUGAAGGACGUGGUCGCUAGGACUAACAUGAUUUCAGGGUAUUGCCUUGAAGGUCGUUUAGCAGAGGCCCGUGAACUCUUUGAUGAGAUGCCACGCCGAAAUGUCGUCUCUUGGACGACUAUGAUUUCUGGUUAUACUCAGAAUCUAAAAGUAGACGUUGCUCGAAAGCUUUUUGAGGUGAUGCCCGAGAAGAAUGAAGUGUCUUGGACGGCAAUGCUGACGGGUUACUUGCAAUGCGGGCGGGUUGAGGAAGCAUCGGAACUUUUUAAGAUAAUGCCUGAAAAGUCAGUUACUUCUUGUAAUGCAAUGAUUGUUGGGCUUGGCCAGAAUGGAAGAUUAGUUAAAGCAAAACAAGUAUUUGACAGAAUGAGAGAAAAGGAUGAUGGGUCGUGGAGUGCAAUUAUUAAGGCAUAUGAACGGAAUGGGCAUGAAUUGGAAGCCCUCAACAUGUUUGUUCUUAUGCAAGAGGCGGGAUUUCGGCCAAACUAUCCUUCUUUAAUUAGUGUUCUUACUGUUUGCACUACCCUGGCCAUUCUUGAUCACGGCCGGCAAAUUCAUGCUAAGGUGCUGAAAUCGCAGUAUGAUUCAGAGGUGUUUAUUGCCUCAGCUUUGACCACAAUGUAUGUUAAAUGUGGUGAUCUUGUUAAAGCAAAGCGGGUGUUUGACAGGUUUAAUCCAAAGGAUGUUGUCAUGUGGAAUUCUAUGAUCACAGGUUAUGCUCAACAUGGCUUAGGAGAGGAAGCUUUACAAGUUUUUCAUGAAAUGUGUUCUGUAGGCUUGUCUCCAGAUGACGUUACCUUUGUUGGGGUUCUUUCUGCUUGCAGCUACUCCGGGAGGAUUAAGGAGGGGCUGGAAACUUUCGAGUCAAUGAGACUAAAUUAUUCUGUGGAGCCAACAGCUCAGCACUAUGCUUGCAUGGUCGAUCUGCUUGGCCGAGCAGGGCAUGUAUACGAGGCAAUGGAUUUGAUAAAGAAGAUGCCAGUGGAUGCUGAUGCUGUUGUUUGGGGUGCUUUACUAGGUGCCUGUAGGACCCACAUGAAUUUGGAGUUGGCUGAGGUAGCAGCGAGGAAGCUUGUGCAGCUUGAACCCCAAAACUCUGGACCUUAUAUCUUGCUAUCAAAUAUUUAUGCAUCUAAGGGUAAAUGGAAAGAUGUCUCGGAACUGAGAGAAGUCAUGAGGGUGAAGAAUGUGAACAAAUCACCUGGUUGUAGCUGGAUUGAAGUUGAAAAGAAAGUGCAUAUGUUUACUGGAGGAGACAAUUUGAGCCACCCUGAGCAUGCAGUUAUUGUGGCAAUGUUGGAGAGAUUGGGGGUGAUGUUAAGGGAAGCUGGGUAUUGUCCUGAUGGUAGCUUUGUGCUGCAUGAUGUGGAUGAGGAACAGAAGGUGCAUAAUUUGGGAUACCACAGUGAGAAAUUAGCUGUGGCAUUUGGGCUUUUGAAGGUGCCGCAAGGAAUGCCUAUUAGAGUCAUGAAAAACCUUCGAGUCUGUGGGGAUUGCCAUUCUGCAAUUAAAUUGAUAGCUAAGAUCAUGGGAAGAGUGAUCAUAUUGAGGGAUGCAAAUAGAUUCCAUCAUUUUAAAGAUGGUCUAUGUUCUUGCAGAGAUUAUUGGUAAAGUGACACAUCUCUAAACCAUGAAGAAAUUAGGCAUAUGAUCUGCUGGAACCACUAUUCCAUGGGUCCGUGAUAGAGGUGUGCUACACUAGAAACUGACAUAGCUGGAUGAUCAUAACCAUGUUAGGAAAAAAGAAUUGUAUGUGGUCCACGAGAUCUCUAGAUUGGUUAUUCACAAUUAUGAUGCAUGUUUUCUAUUUGAGUGACCCUUGGCUAGUAAGUCCCAUUGCCCUGCAUGUGCUCUACAUGUGCCAUUACCCACUUGUAUGCUGUUGCUUCAAUUGAUAUAACAGGCCCAUAUAUGAACAUGAGAAUUUCAAGAUGGGCAUUGCAUGCUAGCUUUCAUAGGGUGGAAAAGAGACCGUUGCAUGGUGUGGAUGGAAAAAUCUCAGUCUGGAAAGUUGAGAAAAAAAUGUGUUUGAAUCUAAGAGCAGCCGCUUCAUGCUAAAAGUGCUGGAGGUUAGGUCCACAUCAAGUCCAUUCCUUACAAAACCCCAGACAGCCAGGAGCACUGGGCCCCAAUUCAUGUAAAGUAAGGUAAAUCUCCCAUUUAGAAUCUCAGAAGCCUGUUUUCUUUUAUCAAGGCAGUCCUAUAUUUAUAUUAUUGAAUGUAUUUAAUUUAAUUAUCUAAUUCAUUUUUUUUCCAGAAGCAUUCAUGGAAACAACUCGUGCUAUUUCAAUGGCAGAAAGUUGUGUUUAUCAUUCUCACUUUUAUAUAUUUGUCUACUAUUAAUUGAUCUAGGCUAGUCUGAUUUCUAUUUUUAUUUUCUCUCUCAAUUUUCUUAACACUUCACAAUUCUUUACUUUGAUCAAUUAGUAAUGUGAGGGGCUUGGUUUUUUACUUUCAGGUUGAAAAUCUUGAUCUCUUGGAUCUCAAGAUCCGCUAAAUGAAUCAGUACACCACAAGCAAGGUCAACUAAAUAAAUCAAGUUCUCUUGCUUGAGAAGUUCCCAAGAUCCAGUAAAUGAA